CCUCCUCACCACAGGGGGCGAUGCCGCCGGACAGCCAGUCUCACCGCUCUCUGAUCCGGAAGCUGCUGCAGGUGUAGUGACAGCAAUCAGUGAGAGGUGUCCUUGUUACAAAGGGGAGACUGAAAUAGAGGCAGCAUGGGGCUACUCUCGGAUCCAAACCGCCGGGAGGCCCUGUCCCGCAUUGUUACCCGUCUGAACACCCCUCUCUGCAUCAUCUGUUAUCUGAUUGGCUUAGGCUGGUUUCUGGGCCUGGCAUUUCAUCCAUUUACCCUGCGGUCUUAUAUAUCAGAAAAUUCAAUGGGAUCCACCAUGGUGGAAGAGCAGUUCGUGAGUAGUGACCGAGCUCUUUCCUACGCUCGGGAGUUUGCAGCGCACAAAAAGGCAACAGGGGGGUCUCCUGUUUCUUGGCUGGAAAGGACAAUGCGUGGCCUUGGAUUAGAGGUGUACACACAGAGCUUUGUGCGCACUCUGCCCUUUCCCGAUGAGGCAACAGAAAGAUACAUGGUUAAAGGCACCAAUGUGUACGGCAUUCUUAGAGCCCCACGGACAGCCAGCACAGAAUCUCUGGUCCUGAGUGUGCCCUGCAGUGAGGGCCAGAACAAUAACCAGGCUGUGGGCCUCCUACUGGCACUGGCCUCAUACUUUCGAGGGCAGAUCUACUGGGCUAAGGACAUCAUAUUCCUGGUGAACGAGCACGACUUGAUCGGGAUGGAGGCCUGGCUGGAAGGAUAUCAUGAUGUGAAUGUUACCGAGAUCAAGUCCUCGGUGAUGAUGGGUCGAGCUGGUGCCAUCCAGGCGGCUGUGUCUCUGGAGCUAAAUAGCGACGUCAUCACCAGCUUCGAUGUGGUGGUGGAAGGGCUCAACGGGCAGCUGCCUAACCUGGACAUGGUGAACCUUUUCCACGCCUUCUGUCAGAAGAGCACUCUGCUCUGCACCAUCCAGGGCAAGCUGCAGCGCAGUGACUAUGACACCUUCCAGGGGUAUGUUCACAACCUGCAGACCAUGCUGCUUAUGGUGCUGAAGCAGGGCUCUGGCCGGCCACAGGGGGAUCACGGCCUCUUCCUGCGAUACCACAUUGAGGCCAUCACCCUACGUGGAGUCAACAGUUUUCGUCAGUACAAAUAUGACUUGAACAUUGUGGGAAAGACCCUUGAAGGGAUGUACCGCAAACUGAAUAACCUCUCAGAGCGUUUACACCAGUCGUACUUCUUUUAUCUGCUGCCUUCCCUUUCGCGUUUCGUAUCUAUUGGCAUUUACAUGCCAGCCAUUGGCUUCCUCAUCCUAAUUCUCAUCCUCAGAUCCUUGGACCUAUGGAUUAAGCUGAGCCGUUCCGGAGCAGUGACAGAAGAUGGAACGGCAGAAGGAGAAGAUCAGAGCUCUAAACCUGGGUUUCUGUCCCUUGCCACACCUGUUGUUAUCUGCCAUGCCACGGGACUGAGCCUCUAUUACCUCCCAACGCUGAGUCAAGAGAUGGCCACGGACCACUUUCCAGUGUCUGAAUCAGAGGCUGUUGUGCUCAUCAGCAUUGCUAUAUAUGUAGCCGGACUGGCCCUGCCGCACAAUACCCACAGGACUCUAACAGGGGCUGCAUCAGACCAGGGCUGGAUGACAUUGAAGCUUAUUUCUCUCUUGUACUUGGCUGUCCAGCUGGGGUGUAUUGCUCUGAUUAAUUUCUCACUGGGAUUCAUAUUGGCUCUUACUAUAGUCCCUGUGGCAGCUAUUGUCCAACCUACAGGUCCCAAGUUCCUACACGCAACGCUUCUUGUCCUGGUCACACCAGCGAUCACCCUUCUAGGAAGCAUCUUCCUGUAUCGAGAGCUCAUUGAGUACCCAGUCACGGUGCUCGAAUGCUGGCAGAUUUUCCUUCAGGCUAUUGCCGGGGGCAUGCUUGAUCAUUACCUCUAUGGAUCCUUACUUUUCCCAUUUAUUUCCUUCUUCGUGUACCCUUGCUGGCUGCAGUUAUGGAAUGUAGUCUUCUGGAAAUAAAAUCAAAGCACAUGGUGUCCUUCAAAACCCUUCAUUUCUCAGAUUGGGUAUGGUAAACCAUAGCUGAGAAGUCCUCCAGGCUGGAUGAGAAGAAGCAAGGUUUUUGCAGCUUUCAUGUCUCAUGGUCUCUGACACAACAGAGUUCCCUCUAAAGUCACAUCUGAUGGAGAUCAGCCUCAGGAAGAACUGAAUUUGGUUAUGUGGAGAGGUGAAGGAACAAUCGUAUUAAGGAUGAGGAGAGCUGGGUGUUGAUUGCAUGGGAUUUUUUGUCUGAAUGUUUUGUUUUUUUAUUCUGAGAGAGCAUUUGAGAUUAUUCACUAAGACCUGUUUGCCAUGAAAUCAGCAAAUGGACAGCAGAAUGUAAUUGUUGAUUUAUCGGCCCCUCUGGUUAAAUUAUUUUUUCCCUCAUUGUAUUUAAAAUCACUUGGAAAAAAUAAAUUAACUGCUUGAUCUCCAAACACUUUAUUUGACAAAAAAAAAAAAAAUAAACAAUACUUUUUUUUG